CAAGCCUAGCUGCUUAUCAAGCGGCCCAAAGCGCGAUCCACCACUCCGCAGAUCGCAGCCCGUGCGGGGACGGGGGGAGAACUCAGAGCAGAGAUUCUAGCUGCCUUAGUUAGCUUGGGUCAUGGCGGUGGCGACGACUGCUCGGUGGCUCCUGCUCCUGGCUGUCGUCUCGGCGGCCGCGGCGUCCGGGAAGCACGAGAGGUGGAGGGUGGGCGGCCAGGUGGUGGAGAAGGAGCGACGGCGGGUGGUGGCGGAGAGCGAGGCCGGCUCGGUCUCGGCCGUGGACGUCGCCGACGCGGCGGGCACGGCGUACCGGCUGCACUUCAUCACCAUGGACCCCGGGGCGCUGUUCCUGCCCGUGCAGCUGCAUGCCGACAUGGUGUUCUACGUUCACAGCGGGCGGGGCAAGGUGACUUCCAUAGAAGAAGAGAGCAGCGAACAGAGCUCCCUGGAGGUGGAGCGAGGAGACGUAUACAACUUUGAGCAGGGGAGCAUCCUGUACAUCCAGAGCUACCCCAACGCCAGUAGACAGCGUCUUCGGAUCUACGCCAUCUUCACCAGCGAAGGCAUCAACGCCGAUGACCCCUCGAAGCCCAAGGUGGAAGCUUACUCCAGCGUCAGCAAUCUGGUCAAAGGGUUCGAGACAGACGUUCUUCGCCUGGGAUUUGGGGUCAAACCCGAGGUGGUAGAAGCGAUCAAGUCUGCCAAGACACCGCCACCGAUCAUAGCCUACAACCCAGAGGAGGAGAAGGGGGACAAGAAACCCGGCUGGACCGAGAACAUCAUCGACGCUCUGCUGGGCGUGCGCGAUCCGGAGGAGUUCCUUAACAAGAAGAAGAAGAAGAAGGACAAGCACAAGGACAAGAAGUCCAAGAGCAAGGCGUUCAACUUCUACUCCGGAAAGCCAGACGUCCAGAACUGCUACGGGUGGAGCCGGAUGAUGACUAGCAAGGACCUCGACGCGCUGCACGGAUCCAGCAUUGGCAUGUUCAUGGUGAACCUGACUACGGGUUCGAUGAUGGGGCCUCACUGGAACCCCAAGGCCACGGAGAUCGCCAUCGUGACAGAGGGUUCAGGAAUCGUGCAGACGGUGUGCCCGAGCAGCAGCAGCAGCAGCAGCAGCCCGUCGGGCGGGAGCAGUGGAGACCACCACCACGGUCACAAGCGGCGCGGCGGGCCGGGAGGCCGCGGCGAUGAGGGCGAAGGCGAAGGCGGCCGCGCGCGGUGGCAGUGCAGGAACUCGGUGUUCCGUGUGAAGGAAGGCGACGUCUUCGUGGUGCCGCGGUUCCACCCGAUGGCGCAGAUGUCGUUCAACGACGACUCGUUCGUGUUCGUCGGGUUCAGCACCCACAUGGGGCAAAACCACCCGCAGUUCCUGGCCGGGAAGGGCUCCGUGCUGCAGGCCAUUGGGAAGAAGGUGCUGGCGCUGGCGCUGGGGCAGCGGGACCCGACCGCCGUGGACAAGCUGCUGUCCGCGCAGCGCGAGUCGACGAUACUGCCGUGCGUAUCGUGCGCUGAGGAGCUGGCGGAGAAGGCCGAGGAGGAGAGGAAGCGACGGGAGGAGGAAGGGGGAGGGAAAGGGAAAGGACCGGGAGAACGUGAGAAGGAAAAGGAGAGGAGGGAACGGGAGGAGAAGGAAAAGGAGGAAGAGCGGGAGAGGGAACGGGAGGAAAAGGAGAGGAAGGAAAGGGAACGGGAGGAAAAGGAGAGGAAGGAAAGGGAACGGGAGGAAGAAGAGAGGAGGGAAGAGGAAGAAGAGCGGGCCAGGAAGGAGCAAGAGAAGCAGCGGAGGAGAGAGAAAGAGGAGGAGGAGCGUGCACGGAGACGCGAGGAGGAAGAAAGAGAGAGGGAGGAGGAAGAAGAACGGCGGAGGGAGGAGGAAGAAGGUGGAGGCGGACGUGGUGACGAGCCAGAGAGGGAGGAAGAAGGCGGUGACAAGCCGCCAUACCGGUUGUCCAAGAAACUGAAGAAACGCUACCAUGCACGUGCCGGUGUGUUCAGCAGGAGUGGCUGAGUGAGCAGCCGAGCAGAGCUGGCCUCUGCUCCGUACAAAUAAACAGGUGGCCUCGUACAGAUGGCCAAUUGCCACAUCACCACCACUCGUACAGAGUACCACCUGCCAGUCGGCUAUGUAUGUGUGUUCGUUGUGUCGUUUGUUAAGCUUUGCUGCAUGCUGAGUUUAGAUUCCGCUUGUAUAAAACGUACCCUAAAUAAGCAGACAAGUUUUCAGGCUCA